AUGCAAGAGUCCAAGCACCCGAUGACAACCAAUAUCCAUCCCCAGAAAGCUUUGACAGCCUGCAACGUCAACCUUCAAAGAAAGUGGGUUAAGAUCGACAGGUUUGGGCCUCCUUAUCGACAUACCUCCGAAAGUACACGCAAUGAGGCGAAGGGGAAUCCAAUCUCUAUGGUGGGAUAA